GCAGCCGGAGAAUCCCGUCGGCGCCGGGGAGCGGGGGGUCGAGGCGGGGCGCUGACGUCACCUCCCCUCCCCCACCGCCUCCAAGAGGGAGGAGUGGGGAAAAGAGGCAGUGAUCCGCCGCAGCUCCCGGCCGCAACUCCUGAAGUCGGCAGCUGGCUGCCUGGACAUGUCCUGACAAACUUGGCUUCACCUCGGCCCUUUCCCCGAGCCCUCGCGCACUCUCUCUUCGCCUCUUUUUGGUGCUCAAGUUUCAUCCUGGUCGGAAGCCUUGGGAAAUGCGGCCACCUGGGUCCGGGCAGCACGGGCGGAUCGCACUCUGGAUGGGAAUAUGCUGAAGAUCCGAAGGAGGCAAAGUUAAUACUUCAGACAGGUUUACAGCCCAACCGCGUGGGCAUCACGGAGCUGCCGGGGAAUUUAAAGCCGAGCCCCCGAGGACUCCACUAGACCGGUUCCUGAGCGUUGAGCAAUGGGAAGACAUUUGAUGUUUCUUCUGCUCCUGCUCCUCCUCCUCCAGCAUUUUGGACAUGGCAAUGGAAGCCAAAGACUUGAACAGACCCCUCCUCUACAGUUUACACAGCUCCAGUACAAUGUCACCGUGCACGAGAACUCUGCAGCCAAGACCUAUGUGGGACAUCCCGUGAAGAUGGGCAUUUACAUUACAAACCCCUCGUGGGAAUUAAGGUACAAAAUCGUCUCCGGAGACAAUGAAAACCUGUUCAAAGCUGAAGAGUACGUCCUUGGAGACUUUUGCUUUUUGAGAAUAAGGACCAAAGGAGGAAAUACAGCUAUUCUCAACAGAGAAGUGAAAGACCAUUACACGUUGAUAGUCAAAGCAGUUGAAAAAAAUACUAACGCUGAAGCCCGAACCAAGGUGAGGGUACGAGUGCUGGAUACAAACGACUUGAGGCCAUUGUUUUCACCCACCUCAUACAGUGUUUCCCUGCCCGAAAACACAGCUGUAAGGACCAGUAUUGCAAGAGUCAGCGCCACAGAUGCUGACAUAGGAACCAAUGGAGAAUUCUACUACAGUUUUAGAGACCGAACAGACAUGUUUGCUAUUCACCCGACCAGUGGAGUGGUAGUUUUAACGGGGAGACUUGAUUACAUGGAGGCCAAGCUCUAUGAGAUGGAGAUCCUUGCUGUAGACCGGGGAAUGAAGUUGUAUGGUAGCAGUGGUAUCAGCAGCAUGGCCAAGCUAACAGUUCACGUAGAACAAGCCAAUGAAUGUGCUCCUGAGAUCACAGCAGUGACAUUAUCACCAUCAGAACUGGACAAGGACCCGAUCUAUGCCAUCGUAACCGUGGAUGACUGUGAUCAGGGUGCCAAUGGGGAGAUAGCGUCCUUGAGCAUUGUUGCAGGUGACGACCUUCAGCAGUUUAGAACGGCAAGGUCCUUCCCAGGGAGUAAAGAAUAUAAAGUCAAAGCCAUGGGUGGCAUUGAUUGGGACAGUCAUCCUUUUGGCUACAAUCUGACACUUCAGGCUAAAGAUAAAGGGAACCCUCCCCAGGUAUCUUCCGUAAAAGUCAUUCAUGUGAUGUCCCCACAGUUCAAAGCAGGGCCUGCUAAGUUUGAAAAGGAUGUUUACAGAGCAGACGUAAGUGAAUUUGCUCCUCCCCACACACCCGUGGUCAUGGUAAAAGCCAUUCCUAGUUACUCCCAUUUGAGAUACGUGUUUAAAAGUACGCCGGGAAGAGCUAAAUUUAGUUUAAACCACAACACUGGUCUCAUUUCCAUUUUAGAACCAAUUAAAAGGCAGCAGGCAUCUCAUUUUGAACUUGAAGUAACUACAAGUGACAGAAAAGCCUCCACCAGAGUCUUGGUUAAAGUCUUAGGUACAAAUAGCAAUCCUCCCGAAUUUACCCAGACAGCAUACAAAGCCUCCUUUGAUGAGAACGUGCCCAUCGGUACCACUGUCAUGAGCGUGAGUGCCGUAGACCCUGAUGAGGGUGAGAAUGGGUACGUGACGUACAGCAUUGCAAAUUUAAAUCAUGUGCCGUUUGUGAUCGACCACUUCACUGGUGCAGUGAGCACAUCAGAAAACUUGGACUAUGAACUGAUGCCUCGGGUUUAUACUCUACGAAUUCGAGCAUCCGACUGGGGCUUGCCAUACCGCCGGGAAGUGGAGGUCCUUGCUACCAUUACUCUCAAUAACUUGAAUGACAACACACCCCUGUUUGAGAAAAUAAAUUGUGAAGGCACCGUUCCAAGGGAUCUCGGUGUGGGAGAGCAAAUAACCACUGUUUCUGCUAUUGAUGCUGAUGAGCUGCAGUUGGUACGGUAUCAGAUUGAAGCUGGAAAUGAACUAGAGUUGUUUAGCUUAAACCCUAACUCUGGGGUAUUGUCGUUAAAGAAAUCACUAAUGGAUGGCUUAGGGGCCAAGGUGUCUUUUCACAGUCUGAGAAUUACAGCUACAGAUGGAGAAAAUUUUGCCACCCCAUUAUAUAUCAACAUAACCGUGACUGCCAGUCGCAAGCUGGUAAACUUGCAGUGUGAAGAGACUGGUGUUGCCAAAAUGCUGGCAGAGAAACUUCUGCAGGCAAACAAACUGCACAGUCAGGGAGAAGCCGAGGAUGUUUUCUUUGAUUCUCACUCUGUCAAUGCUCAUGCUCCACAGUUUAGAAGUACUCUUCCGACUGACAUUGAGGUAAAGGAAAACCAUCCUGUGGGGUCUGAUAUAAUUUUCAUGAAUGCUACCGACCUUGACACUGGCUUCAAUGGAAAACUGGUCUACUCUAUUUCUGGAGGAAAUGAGGAUAGUUGCUUCGUUAUUGACAUGGAAACAGGAAUGCUAAAAAUUUUAUCUCCACUUGACCGUGAAACAACAGAUAAAUAUACUCUGAAUGUUACUGUCUAUGACCUUGGUGUACCACAGAAGGCCGCUUGGCAUCUUCUGGAUAUCAGAGUUCUGGAUGCCAAUGAUAAUGCUCCUGAGUUUUUACAGGAGAGCUAUUUUGUUGAAGUGAGUGAAGACAAGGAGCUCAGUAGUGAGAUCAUUCAGGUUGAAGCCACAGACAAAGAUCUAGGGCCCAAUGGACACGUGACAUACUCUAUUCUUACAGACACAGAUAGGUUUUCAAUUGACAGCGUGACUGGUGUUGUUAAAAUAGCACGUCCUUUGGAUCGCGAGGUACAGCAUGUACAUUACUUAAAGAUUGAAGCCAGGGAUCAAGCCAAAGAAGAACCCCAACUGUUUUCCACGGUCCUUUUGAAAGUAUCACUAGAAGAUGUUAAUGACAACCCACCUAUGUUUAUUCCACCUAAUUACCGUGUGAAAGUUCGAGAGGAUCUUCCAGAAGGAACCAUCAUCAUGUGGUUGGAAGCCUAUGAUCCUGAUCUGGGUCAGUCUAGUCAGGUGAGGUACAGUCUUAUGGACCAUGGAGAAGGAAACUUUGAUGUGGAUAAGCUCAGUGGAGCUAUUCGAAUUGUCCAGCAGUUGGACUUUGAGAAGAAGCAAGUGUAUAAUCUCACCGUGAGGGCCAAAGACAAAGGGAAGCCAAUUUCUCUGUCUUCGACUUGCUAUGUCGAAGUGGAAGUAAUUGAUGUGAACGAGAACCUACACCCCCCAGUGUUUUCCAGCUUUGUGGAAAAAGGCAUAGUGAAAGAAGAUGUCCCUAUUGGCUCAUCAGUGAUGACAGUGUCAGCUCAUGAUGAGGACCCAGGAAGAGAUGGGGAGAUCCGCUAUUCCAUUCGAGAUGGUUCUGGUGUUGGCGUUUUCAGGAUAGAUGAAGAAACAGGUGUCAUAGAGACUUCAGAUCGACUGGACCGUGAGUCAACUCCCCAUUACUGGCUAACAGUCUAUGCAACCGACCAGGGGGUUGUGCCUCUUUCAUCGUUCAUAGAGAUCUACAUAGAGGUGGAGGAUGUCAAUGACAACGCACCCCAGACAUCAGAGCCUGUGUACUAUCCGGAAGUAAUGGAAAAUUCCCCCAAGGAUGUAUCCGUGGUCCAGAUUGAGGCGUUCGAUCCAGAUUCUAGCUCUGAUGACAAGCUGAUGUACAAAAUUACAAGUGGCAAUCCGCAGGGGUUCUUUUCAAUACAUCCCAAAACAGGUCUCAUCACAACUACAUCAAGGAAACUGGACCGCGAGCAGCAAGAUGAACACAUCCUAGAAGUCACUGUGACAGACAAUGGUAGUCCCCCCCGAUCGACCAUUGCAAGAGUCAUUGUGAAGAUCCUUGAUGAGAAUGACAACAAACCUCAGUUCCUGCAAAAGUUCUACAAGAUCAGACUCCCAGAGCGAGAAAAACCAGAAAGAAACUCCAAACGAGAGCCCCUCUAUCGUGUGGUAGCUACAGACAAAGACGAAGGUCCCAAUGCCGAAAUCUCCUACAGCAUCGAAGAGGGCAACGAGCAUGGCAAAUUUUUCAUUGAGCCCAAAACUGGAAUGGUUUCAUCCAAAAAGUUUUCUGGAGCUGGAGAAUAUGAUAUUCUUUCAAUUAAGGCAGUUGAUAAUGGCCGCCCUCAAAAGUCAUCAACCACUAGACUUCACAUUGAAUGGAUCUCCAAACCCAAACCCUCGCUGGAGCCAAUUUCAUUCGAAGAAUCAUUUUUUUCUUUCACCGUGAUGGAAAGUGACCCCGUUGCUCACAUGAUUGGAGUGAUAUCUGUCGAGCCCCCGGGCACACCUCUUUGGUUCGACAUCAUUGGUGGCAACUAUGACAGUCACUUUGAUGUGGACAAGGGCACCGGAACUAUCAUUGUUGCCAAACCUCUUGAUGCAGAGCAGAAAUCUAAUUAUAACCUCACAGUCGAGGCCACAGACGGAACUACCACCAUUCUUACUCAGGUAUUCAUCAAAGUAAUAGAUACAAAUGACCAUCGUCCUCAGUUUUCUACAUCAAAAUAUGAGGUGGUUAUUCCUGAAGAUACGGUGCCAGAAACAGAAAUCUUGCAGAUCAGUGCCGUGGAUAAAGAUGAGAAAAACAAACUGAUCUACACUCUGCAGAGUAGUAUAGAUCCACUGAGUCUGAAGAAAUUCCGUCUCGAUCCUGCAACCGGCUCUCUUUACACUUCUGAAAAGCUUGACCAUGAAGCCAUUCACCAGCACGUCCUUACAGUCAUGGUACGGGAUCAGGAUGUUCCUGUAAAACGCAACUUCGCCAGGAUUGUCGUUAAUGUCAGCGACACCAAUGACCAUGCUCCGUGGUUCACCAGUUCCUCCUACGAGGGGCGAGUUUACGAGUCAUCGGCUGUUGGCUCAGUUGUGCUGCAGGUUACAGCUCUGGACAAGGACAAAGGGCAAAAUGCUGAAGUGCUGUAUUCAAUUGAAUCAGGAAAUAUUGGAAAUUCGUUUACAAUCGAUCCCAUCUUGGGCUCCAUAAAAACUGCCAAAGAAUUAGAUCGAAGUAACCAAGUGGAGUAUGACUUAAUGGUAAAAGCUACAGAUAAAGGGAAUCCACCAAUGAGUGAAAUAACUUCCGUACACAUCUUUGUCACUGUGGCCGACAACGCCGCCCCUAAGUUUACCUCCAGAGAGUAUUCUGUGGAAAUCAGCGAAGCCAUCAGCAUUGGGAGUUUCGUCGGAAUGGUUACAGCCCACAGUCAGUCAUCAGUGGUAUAUGAAAUAAAAGACGGAAACAUAGCCGAUGCCUUUGAUAUUAAUCCACAUUCUGGAAGUAUCUUCACUCAGAAAGCUCUGGAUUUUGAAACUUUGCCCGUCUAUACAUUGACAAUACAAGGAACUAACAUGGCUGGUUUGUCCACCAAUACAACCCUUCUGGUGCACCUACAGGAUGAGAAUGACAACCAGCCCGUUUUUAUGCAGACAGAGUAUACAGGACUCAUUAGUGAAUCAGCUUCAAUCAACAGUGUGGUCCUGACCGAUAGGAAUGUCCCACUAGUGAUCCGAGCAACUGAUGCUGAUAAGGAAUCCAACGCUUUGCUUGUUUACCACAUCGUUGAACCAUCUGGACGCAAAUAUUUUGCUAUCGACCCCAGCACUGGUGCAGUUCGUGCAGUUCUACGUCUGGACUAUGAGGAAACAAGUACUUUUCACUUUACUGUACAAGUGCAUGACAUGGGAGUCCCACGUUUAUUUGCGGAGUAUGCAGCUAAUGUGACUAUCCACGUCAUUGACAUUAACGACUGUCCCCCUGUGUUCUCCAGAUCACUGUAUGAAGCGUCUCUUUUGUUGCCGACAUACAAAGGAGUCAGAGUCCUCACAGUAAAUGCUACAGAUGCUGAUUCGAACACCUCCUCUCAGUUAAUGUACUCCAUCACUGAAGGCAACAUCGGGGAGAAGUUCUCGAUGGACUACAAGACCGGCACGAUAACUGUACAAAACACAACUCAGUUAAGGAGCCGCUAUGAGUUAGCCAUCAGAGCUUCGGAUGGCAGAUUUGCCAGCUUUACCUCCGUGAAAAUUAAUGUGAAAGAAAGCAAAGAAAGUCAACUGAAGUUUACCCAAGAUUUCUACUCUGCGGUAGUGAAAGAGAAUUCCACCGAAGCCAAAACAUUGGCUGUCAUUACUGCUAUUGGGAAUCCCAUCAAUGAGCCCUUGUUUUAUCACAUCCUCAAUCCAGAUCGCAGAUUUAAAAUAAGCCGCACGUCAGGAGUACUGUCAACCACUGGUGUGCCAUUUGACCGGGAACAGCAGGAGAUGUUCGAUGUGGUCGUGGAAGUGACUAAAGAGCACACGCCCUCUGUGGUGGCCCACGUGGUUGUGAAAGUCACUGUGGAAGACCAAAACGAUAACGCACCAGUGUUCGUUAACCUUCCCUACUACGCUGUUGUCAAAGUGGAUACUGAGGUGGGCCAUGUCAUUCGCUCUGUCACUGCUGUCGACAGAGAUAGUGGCAGAAAUGGGGAAGUACAUUACUACCUUAAGGAACAUCACGAGCACUUUCAAAUUGGACCUGCUGGUGAAAUUUCACUCAUAAAGCAAUUCGAACUCGACACCUUAAAUAAAGAAUAUCUUGUCACAGUGGUUGCAAAAGACGGAGGAAACCCAGCCUUUUCAGCUGAAGUUAUAGUUCCAGUCACUGUUAUGAAUAAAGCCAUGCCGGUGUUUGAAAAACCUUUCUACAGUGCAGAGAUUCCAGAGAACAUCCAGAUACACAGCCCAGUGGUCCAUGUCCAGGCCAACAGUCCAGAAGGACUAAAAGUAUUCUACAGCAUCACAGAUGGAGACCCCUUCAGCCAGUUUACUAUUAACUUUAAUACUGGAGUUAUAAAUGUCAUUGCUCCUCUGGACUUUGAGGCCCACCCAGCCUACAAACUGAGCAUUCGAGCAACCGACUCUCUGACCGGUGCCCAUGCCGAUGUGUUUGUUGAUAUCAUAGUGGAAGACAUCAAUGAUAACGCUCCCGUGUUUGUUCAACAGUCUUACGCUGCCACGCUGUCGGAGGCAUCUGUGAUCGGAACAUCUGUCAUUCAAGUGAGAGCAACUGAUUCCGAUUCAGAACCCAACAGAGGGAUUUCAUACCAGAUGUUUGGGAAUCAUAGUAAAAGCCAAGACUAUUUUCACAUAGAUAGCAGUACUGGUCUCAUCUCACUGGUCAGAACUUUGGAUUACGAACAGUUCCAGCAGCACAGGAUUUCUGUAAGGGCUGUCGAUGGUGGCAUGCCGCCGCUGAGCAGUGAUGUCAUCAUCACGGUGGAUGUCACGGACCUCAAUGAUAACCCGCCACUCUUUGACCAACAGAUUUAUGAAGCCAGAAUUAGUGAGCAUGCCCCUCAUGGUCAUUUUGUGACGUGUGUAAAAGCCUGUGAUGCAGAUAGUUCAGACGUGGAUAAGUUGGAAUACUCCAUUCUGUCUGGCAAUGAUCAUAAAAACUUCGUCAUUGACAGUGAAACGGGGAUCAUCACGCUCUCAAACCUGCGCCGGCACACCCUGAAGCCAUUUUACAGUCUGAACGUUUCCGUGUCCGAUGGCGUCUUUAGAAGUUCUGCUCAGGUUCACAUCACUGUAAUUGGAGGCAACUUGCACAGCCCUGUUUUUCUUCAGAACGAAUAUGAAGUGGAACUAGCUGAAAAUGCUCCUUUACACACCCUGGUGAUUGAGGUUAAAGCAACCGAUGGGGAUUCGGGUAUUUACGGCCGCCUUACUUACCGUAUUGUAAAUGACUUUGCCAAAGACAGGUUUUAUACUAAUGAGAGAGGACAGAUAUUUACUUCGGAAAAACUUGACCGAGAAACUCCAGCAGAAAAAGUCAUCGCAGUUCGUUUAAUGGCUAAGGAUGCCGGAGGAAGAGUUGCUUUCUGCACUGUGAAUGUCAUCCUCACAGACGACAAUGAUAAUGCCCCUCAGUUCCGAGCCACCAAGUAUGAAGUGAACAUUGGAGCCAGUGCUGCCAAAGGAACGUCUGUUGUCAAAGUUCUCGCAAGUGACACUGAUGAGGGAUCCAAUGCUGAUGUCACCUAUGCCAUUGAAGCAGAUUCCGAGAGUGUUAAAGAGAACUUGGAAAUCAACAAACUGUCUGGCGUAAUUACGACAAAGGAAAGCUUAAUUGGCUUAGAAAAUGAGUUCUUUACCUUCUUUGUGAGAGCUGUGGAUAAUGGGUCUCCACCCAAAGAGUCUGUUGUUCCCGUCUAUGUUAAAAUACUUCCACCAGAAAUGCAGCUUCCAAGAUUUUCAGAACCAUUUUAUACCUAUACAGUUUCAGAAGACAUGCCUAUUGGAACAGAAAUAGAUCUCAUCCGGGCGGAACACACAGGGACUGUUCUUUACAGCCUAGUCAAAGGCAAUACUGCUGAAAGUAAUAGGGAUGAGUUUUUUGUGAUCGACAGGCAGAGUGGCAGACUGAAACUGGAGAAGAGGCUUGAUCACGAGACAACGAAGUGGUAUCAGUUUUCCAUCCUGGCCAGGUGUACUAGGGAUGACUAUGAGGUGGUAGCUUCUGUAGAGGUUAGUAUCCAGGUGAAAGAUGCAAAUGAUAACAGCCCCCUCUUGGAGUCCAAUCCAUAUGAGGCAUUUAUUGUUGAAAACCUGCCAGCGGGAAGCAGAGUCAUCCAGAUCAGGGCAUCUGAUCUAGAUUCAGGAACCAAUGGCCAAGUCAUGUAUAGCCUAGAUCAGUCGCAGAGUGUAGACGUCAUCGAAUCAUUUGCCAUCAACAUGGAAACUGGUUGGAUUACAACCCUAAAGGAACUUGACCAUGAAAAGAGAGACAGUUACCAGAUCAAAGUGGUUGCAUCAGAUCAUGGUGAAAAGGUUCAGCUGUCCUCCACAGCCAUUGUGGAUGUCACUGUCACUGACGUCAACGAUAGUCCACCUCGAUUCACGGCAGAGAUUUACAAGGGGACCGUGAGUGAAGAUGACCCACCGGGAGGUGUGAUUGCCAUCUUGAGUACUACGGAUGCUGACUCCGAAGAGAUUAACAGACAAGUGACAUAUUUCAUAACUGGAGGAGAUGCCUUAGGACAAUUUGCCAUUGAAAAUGUACAGAAUGAAUGGAAGGUUUAUGUGAAGAAACCCCUGGAUAGGGAAAAAAGGGACAAUUACCUUCUGAGUAUAACAGCAACUGAUGGGACUUUCUCAUCAAAAGCUAUAGUUGAAGUGAAAGUCCUUGAUGCAAAUGACAACAGUCCAGUUUGUGAAAAGACUUUGUAUGCAGACACCAUUCCAGAAGAUGCCCCUCCUGGGAAAUUGAUCAUGCAGGUCUCGGCGACAGAUGCAGAUAUCCGUUCCAAUGCUGAAAUUACGUACACAUUAUAUGGUUCAGGUGCAGAAAAAUUCAAACUAAAUCCAGACACAGGUGAACUGAAAACACUCGCUCCUCUUGACCGUGAGGAACAAGCCAUUUAUAACCUCGUAGUCAAGGCCACGGAUGGAGGUGGAAGAUUCUGUCAAGCUAAUAUCGUGCUCACGUUAGAAGAUGUGAAUGAUAAUGCCCCUGAGUUCUCUGCUGAUCCUUACACCAUCACUGUGUUUGAAAACACGGAGCCAGGAACCCUGUUGACAAGGGUGCAGGCCACAGACGCAGAUGCAGGCUUGAAUCGAAAGAUUUCCUACUCACUGAUCAACUCUGCUGAGGGGCAGUUCUCCAUUAAUGAAUUGUCUGGGAUUAUCCAGUUAGAAAAGCCUUUGGAUAGAGAACUGCAGGCAGUGUAUACCCUGACUUUGAAAGCCGUGGAUCAAGGUUUGCCAAGGAGGUUGACAGCUACUAGCGUUGUGGUUGUAUCCGUUCUGGAUAUAAAUGACAACCCGCCAGUGUUCGAGUACCGUGAAUAUGGUGCCACAGUGUCCGAGGACAUUCUUAUUGGGACAGAAGUUCUUCAAGUGUACGCAGCAAGUCGGGAUAUCGAAGCAAAUGCAGACAUCACCUACUCGAUCAUCAGUGGAAACGAGCAUGGAAAAUUCAGCAUAGAUUCUAAAACAGGGUCCAUAUUUAUUAUUGAGAGCCUGGAUUAUGAAAGCUCUCACGAGUAUUACUUGACUGUAGAAGCCACCGACGGAGGUACACCUUCCUUAAGUGAUGUUGCAACCGUGAGCAUUAACGUGACAGACAUCAAUGACAACACCCCAGUGUUCAGCCAGGACACCUUCGUGGUCAGUGAGGAUGCGGUUCUUGAGCAGUCUGUCAUCACGGUUAUGGCUGAUGAUGCUGAUGGACCUUCAAACAGCCACAUCCACUAUUCCAUCACAGAUGGCAAUCAAGGAAGUCCUUUUACAAUUGACCCUGUCAAGGGAGAAGUGAAAGUGACCAAACUUCUGGACCGGGAAACAAUUUCAGGUUACACACUCACUGUGCAAGCUUCUGAUAACGGUAACCCACCCCGCGUCAACACGACCACUGUGAACAUCGACGUGUCUGACGUGAACGACAACGCUCCGGUCUUCUCCCAGGGAAACUACAGCGUGAUUAUCCAGGAAAACAAGCCCGUGGGUUUCAGUGUGCUGCAGCUAGUGGUAACAGACAAGGAUUCUUCUCAUAACGGCCCACCCUUCUUCUUUACUAUCGUGAGUGGAAAUGAGGACAGGUCUUUUGAAAUUAACCAGCAAGGAGUCCUCCUAACUUCAGCCGCCAUAAAGCAGAAGGUGAAGGACCAUUACUUCCUGCAUGUGAAGGUGGCCGAUAAUGGAAAGCCUCCGUUGUCUUCUUUGACAUAUAUUGACAUCAGGGUUAUUGAAGAGAGCAUCCAUCCUCCUGCGAUUUUGCCAUUGGAAAUUUUUAUUACUGCGUUUGGAGAGGAAUACUCUGGUGGUGUCAUUGGGAAGAUUCACGCGACAGACCAGGAUGUGUAUGACACGCUCACCUACAGUCUAGAUCCCCAAAUGGACAAUCUGUUCUCCGUUUCCAGCACUGGGGGAAAGCUGAUCGCACACAAAAAGCUCGACGUCGGGCAGUACCUUCUCAAUGUCAGCGUGACAGAUGGGAAGUUCACCACGGUGGCGGACAUCACAGUGCACAUCAGGCAGAUAACGCAGGAGAUGCUGAACCACACCGUUGCCAUCCGCUUUGCCAAUCUCACUCCGGAGGAAUUUGUGGGAGACUACUGGCGCAACUUCCAGCGAGCCUUACGGAACAUCCUGGGUGUGAAGAGGACCGACAUACAGGUUCUGAGCUUGCAGCCGGCGGAACCCCCUCCGCAUCUCGAUGUCUUACUCUUUAUAGAGAAAUCGGGUAGCGCCCUGCUUUCCACAAAAGCCCUCCUGCACAAGAUUAAUUCCUCGGUAACCAACAUCGAGGACAUCAUUGGUGUGAGGAUACUGGAUGUGUUCCAGAAGCUCUGUGCUGGACUGGAUUGCCCAUGGACGUCCUGUGAUGAGAAAGUAUCAGUGGAUGAAAGUGUCAUGUCGACGCAUAGCACAGCCAGACUGAGUUUCGUGACUCCUCGCCACCACAGAACAGCUGUGUGUCUCUGUAAAGAGGGGAAGUGCCCACCUGUGCACCAUGGAUGUGAAGACAGUCUGUGCCCCGAUGGGUCUGAAUGCAUCGCUGACCCCAGAGAGGAGAAGUAUACCUGUGUCUGUCCCGGUGGCAAGUUUGCUCAGUGCCCAGGGAGUUCAUCUAUAACAUUCACUGGAAACAGCUUUGUCAAGUACCGUUUAAUGGAAAAUGAAAACAAAUUAGAGAUGAAAUUGACAAUGAGGCUCAGAACCUAUUCUACUCAUGCAGUUGUAAUGUAUGCUCGAGGCACUGACUAUAGUAUCUUGGAGAUUCACAAUGGAAGACUGCAGUACAAGUUUGACUGUGGAAGUGGCCCUGGCAUUGUAUCCGUUCAGAGCAUUCAAGUCAACGAUGGGCGGUGGCAUGCAGUGUCUCUUGAAGUGAAUGGAAACUAUGCGAGGUUGGUUCUCGACCAAGUCCAUACUGCGUCAGGCACGGCCCCGGGGACUCUGAAAACCCUCAAUCUGGACAACCAUGUGUUUUUUGGUGGCCACAUCCGUCAGCAAGGAGCAAGGAAUGGAAGGAGCCCCCAAGUUGGUAAUGGUUUCAGGGGUUGUAUGGACUCCAUCUAUUUGAAUGGGCAGGAGCUUCCUUUAACUAGCAAACCAAGAAGCUAUGCACACAUCGAAGAGUCAGUGGAUGUCUCUCCUGGGUGCCUGUUAACAGCCACAGAAGACUGUUCGAGCAACCCGUGCCAGAACGGAGGCGUUUGCAACCCAUCACCCACUGGAGGUUAUUACUGCAAAUGCAGUGCCUUAUACAUAGGGACAUACUGUGAGGUGAGCGUCAACCCGUGUUCCUCCAACCCAUGCCUCUACGGUGGGACGUGUGUCGUAGACAAUGGAGACUUUGUCUGCCAGUGUCGAGGGUUGUACACUGGUCAGAGGUGCCAGCUAAGUCCAUACUGCAGAGAUGAUCCCUGCAAAAACGGUGGGACGUGUUUUGAUAGUCUGGAUGGUGCUGUUUGCCAGUGUGAUUCAGGUUUUAGGGGAGAAAGGUGUCAGAGUGACGUUGACGAAUGUGCAGGAAACCCCUGCCGUAACGGCGCCCUCUGUGAGAACACGCACGGCUCCUAUCACUGUAACUGCAGCCACGAGUACCGAGGGAGACACUGCGAGGACGCCGCCCCCAAUCAGUACGUGUCCACUCCGUGGAAUAUCGGCUUGGCGGAAGGAAUAGGAAUUGUUGUUUUCGUAGCAGCCAUAUUUUUACUGGUGGUGGUGUUUGUCCUCUGCCGCAAGAUGACGAGUCGAAAGAAGAAACAUCAAGCCGAACCAGAAGACAAACACUUGGGACCAACCACCGCCUUCUUGCAAAGACCGUAUUUUGAUUCAAAGCUCAAUAAGAAUAUUUACUCAGAUAUACCACCCCAGGUACCUGUCCGGCCUAUCUCCUACACUCCAAGUAUUCCAAGUGACUCUAGGAACAAUCUUGACAGAAACUCCUUUGAAGGAUCUGCUAUCCCAGAGCAUCCCGAAUUCAGCACUUUUAACCCGGAGUCUGUGCACGGACACCGAAAAGCAGUAGCUGUCUGCAGCGUAGCCCCGAACUUGCCGCCCCCACCUCCUUCAAACUCUCCUUCCGACAGUGACUCAAUACAGAAGCCGAACUGGGACUUCGACUAUGAUACUAAAGUGGUAGACCUUGAUCCGUGUCUUUCCAAGAAACCGCUAGAGGACAAGCCUUCACAGCCAUACAGUGCCCGGGAAAGCCUGUCUGAAGUGCAGUCCCUCAGCUCCUUUCAGUCGGAAUCAUGUGAUGACAAUGGGUAUCACUGGGAUACGUCAGAUUGGAUGCCAACGGUUCCUCUGCCAGAUAUACAGGAGUUCCCCAACUAUGAGGUUAUUGAUGAGCAAACACCCCUGUACUCAGCAGAUCCAAAUGCCAUCGAUACAGACUAUUACCCUGGAGGUUACGACAUUGAAAGUGAUUUCCCACCACCCCCAGAAGACUUCCCUGCACCUGACGAACUACCACCAUUACCUCCGGAGUUUAGUGAGCAGUUCGAAUCCAUACACCCUCCUAGAGACAUGCCCGCAGUGGGGAGCUUGGGUUCUUCGUCGAGAAACCGGCAGAGGUUCAACUUGAAUCAGUAUCUGCCCAAUUUCUAUCCCGUCGAUUUGUCGGAACCUCAGAGAAAAGGCCCUGAUGAGAGUGGUAUCUGUAGAGAACCCUAUGUCCCUUACCCUCCAGGGUAUCAGAGAAACUUUGACGCCCCCACUGUAGAAAACAUGCCCCUGUCUGUGCGCACGUCCACAGCAUCCUGCUCCGACGUGUCGGCGUGCUGCGAAGUGGAGUCCGAGGUCAUGAUGAGUGACUAUGAGAGCGGAGACGAUGGCCGCUUUGAAGAGGUGACGAUUCCGCCUCUGGAUUCCCAGCAGCAUACCGAAGUCUGACGCUCAGACGCCCCCCAAAGUGCCUGGACUUUAACGAACCGAGAGGUUAUAUAAAUAAUCUGCAUUGUUUUUUGCAGCAGUGCUUAAGCGCUUUUGUUCGGUGAGCUGCGAUGGGCAUGGCUGCACUGAAUCACGCGCCUCUUAACACUUAGCCAUUUCCAGAGUCCCGACCUGCCAUACUGCGAUGAGAUUUUCAUCGGCCGUGCCAUUUUGGAACAUCCUUUUGUAUUUACAUUUGUCUGUGUUAAAAUAAUGAAACGAAAAUCAGCCCUACUCUUGUUAGCAUGAUUCAUGUAUUUAUAUAGAUUUGAUUAUUUUAAUUUUCCUGUCCCCUUUUUUUUGUUUUGUAAAUUUUAUGUACAGAUUUGAUUUUUCAUAGUUUUAACUAGAUUUGGAAGGUAUUUUGUGCAUUUGUUUUCAACUGAAUCUGGGUGGUGUUAGUGUCAUUACCUAGCGCCCUGAUUUUUUUUUUUUUUUUAAUAUAACCAGGGUUUCAUUCUUUUCCACAGAAUGAUGACAUUUCAUUAAUACAUUUCAGUAUAGUCAUUCAUUUCUAGCUGUAUAUAGGAUGAGGAAAGAUCUGAUACAUGGACAUGUCUUAAAUGGGUUGCUGUAUUUUAGAAUUAUGAACAUUUUUCAUUAUUGGAAAGUGUAAUGGGGACCUUCUGCAUACAUGUUUAGAACCAAAACCAUCAUGACACAGUUUUUAUAGUGUCUGUAUAUUUGUGAUGCAAUGGUCUUGUAAAGGUUUUUACUGAGAAAUACCAUUAGCCAGUCUUUCUUACUGACAAUAAAUUAUUAAUAAAAUACUUGAGCUUUA